AUGGAUUUUCUCUUGUUUUGGUCGUUUGGUCGCUUUGUCGCUCUUUUGGCAGAUUUGGGGUAUGCUUCUAUGGCUGGGACUCACUGCACCGUUGAUGCCAUCACUGCAUUGGAGGAACACAACGCCAAGAAGCCUUCGAAAUUGGGUCAUAUCAAAAAUAUCAAGCUCCCAAAUGUCCAAGGCAGCUGCAAAAGCAUGGCGGACGGAAAACCUCUCAGCAAGGAGACUCCAUUGCUCUGUGCCUAUUCUGCUGCUGUCCAGAUUGCAUAUUAUGGAUGA